AUGGGUGAAAGCUCAGGAAUGUUUUUCAUAGACGACGCGAUUGGACUUAAAAUGGGUCAAACAUAUCUAUUCAAUCACUGUCUUAACUUGUCAUACACCAAAAGUGAGCAGAUAAAAGCCACCAAAUCAUACCGUUUGAAUUCAGUCAGUGUUCCAACAGAAUCAGUAGCUGGCUUCGAUGAAAUGGUGUCGGGAACACAACGCAAGUAUUACAUGCUCGGUGGGAAGGGGGGAGUCGGAAAGACUAGCUGUGCUGCAUCACUUGCUGUAAAGUUUGCGAAUAAUGGUCAUACAUUACAGAUAUACCCCGAACAAGCAAGGGAAGAGUUUCGAAGUGCCAGCAAGAGCAAUGGUGGGAGUGGUGUCAAAGAUUUCAUGGAUGGAAUGGGGCUGGGGUUAAUCGCGGACCAGGUAAACAUUGCUUCCAUGUUAUAGGCUCUUGCUGACUUCUAGAAUAUUUGCCAGGUUAUUCAAUUUCUCGAAUCACAAGAAUACAACAUGUUCACGCGGAUAAUAUUCGAUACAGCCCCCACUGGCCAUACUCUGCGACUUUUGUCAUUGCUGGACUUCUUAGACGCAUCAAUCGGGAAGAUAUUGAAGUUAAGACAGAAGAUUUCGUCGGCUACUUCAGCCAUAAAAUCUGUGUUUGGGCAAGAAGAAAAUCGGGAAGAUAGUUUGGAGAAACUAAGGCAGCGAAUGAUAAAAGUGAGGGAGCUUUUCCGUGACACGAACUCUACAGAGUUUGUAAUCGUAACAAUUCCUACGGUGAUGGCAAUCAAUGAGUCAUCAUCGUUAAAGAAAGAAAGCGUUCCUGUCAAGAGACUAGUCGUUAGCCAAGUUCUUCCCCCUUCUGCCUCUGACUGCAAGUUCUGUGCAAUGAAGAGGAAGGCUCAAACGCGGGCUCUCACCAUGAUCGAGAGUGAUCCAGAGCUCUCAAGCCUGACGACGAUCCGAGCACCUCUCGGUGUACCCGCGCUUCAGUUCUUAGGUGACAUGGUUUGGAAAUAA